UUUCCCAAAGCUUCGGUCCUCUUGUUUACCUCAACCAACUUUAGCCUAUCUCAACCCUCUAAUAACUUGAUGGGGAAAUGGAUAUAUCGGUGCAUACAGGAUAUAACUGUCUUUGUUGUUAUCAAUGGGAGAUGAAGAUGUCUUGGUCAAUUCGCAAAUAGAUGAAGGUUCAAGGCACAAGAGGAAAUACCACAAAAUAUGGGCAAACUCCAAUCAAAACAUGCCUGUAAACGCAGAGAAAAUCCUGAAGGUGGUAGUUUUGCUGCCAAUGUGCUCACCUGUCAGGGAGAGUGGGAACAUACUGGUCUCCACACCCACACAAUCAGAUUUAAGCAGGAGUUGUACAGAAGGGAAGUGAAGGAUGAGCAGGUCCUGAACCAUAAGUGCCCCCUACAGGUGGUACUGCCACCAGAGGAGAGGGAGAGCUCCAUCCACGUUCCAUUCAGACAGCCCAGGAAAAGAAACAGCCAUGUUGAUGACACAGAGUGCACCGUGGUGUUGGAGGAUGACACUCGGCAAGAGAGGGUUUUUACACUGUAUCACUUUGACAACAGCGGUAAAGUCACCAAGCAGGAUAUGUGCAGUCUCAUGCAGUCCAUCUAUGAGGUGGUUGAAGCGUCGGCCAAGCAGCCGUCCUGUAGCAGCACAGCCCUGAAGGUCAAACUGGUGGUAGGCCCCUCCAGCAGCUCUGGCCGGGGCUCUAGAACAGGUGACAGAAUGGAGGUCCAGCAGGAGGAGACUGGGAGCCCAGAGAGGAUUUUUCACUGUGUGGAUGAAAACACAGAACGCAGGAAUCACUACUUAGACCUAGCUGGGAUAGAGAACUAUUCCUCCAAGUUUGACAAUGCAGACGCCUCUCAGGAGCCCAGAGUGGACGCACGCUCAGCCCAGCAGCACCGCUCAGUGUUGGUAGGGGAGAACUGCGGUGCAACUGAGUCCAGAGGUAGGGGCCUCUCCUUCAACAGGUCUCUCAGGGGCCACGUCAAGGCAGUGGGGGGAGACAGAGGAGGUGGAGGAGGAGGAGGAGGGGGAGGAGGAGGACGUGGGGGUAAAUCAAGCAAGCUCCAUGGCCACCAGCCCUCCAUGUGGUGCCACUCCUCCCAGCCACACUCCCAGCCCCAAAGGAGGGGGAGGAGGAGGACGUGGGGGUAA